AUGAACUCCCACGAACAACCUUCGAUGUCCGAACCCCUGUGUUCGACUGCCAUACCUAUUGCACAAAUCUCUCCGGAUGCCGACCGGAUAUUAGAACGUUCAAUACACGCGAUCGUUACCCUAGUAUGGCCUUACUCGUCAUCGAACAAGUCUCUCAGCCUCUUGUUAGCUGAACCCGACUUCCGCCUCCGACGAAACAAUGGUCAAGUAAAAGUGGUUUUUCGUGGACGUGCUGCAGAAGCGGUAGCCAAGUCUCAAGUUGGGAUUGGCGACCAUGUUUAUCUAGGCCUGGCUGGCUCGAAAUUCGUGCCCAGUGUGGCAGUAGCUCAGACGCCCGGCAAGUGCGUGCCUUGGGAUGUACAACUUGAUGAUCGCGUGCUACUUGAGAUUUGGCGUUCGUCUCAACACUUCUCGACUGUGAAACUUGACCCUUCUACAGUUUCAACUCAAGAUACAGAAAACGUGUUUGCGCCGCCAGCUACACCAAUCACUAAUGGAUGUGUUGAGCGCGAUGAGGCGACUUCUGCUGCUAGAUUCGAAUCUUGGAGAUCUCCCGCCUUCGUGGAGCGAACACGUACAUCGUUUGGUGGUCUCGUGGAUUCAGCUUAUGACCCAUUCGCUGAAGCAGAUGGGUUUGUACCUGGCAAAGGCCGGAAACGACCUCGUUUUAGCUUUAAAGGCGCCAAUUGGCGUCUUGUUGAUGAACCCGCCAGUCCUGGAGAAACAGAGGCACCGGCCGAUUGGACGUGGAUGUUUGAAGAAGCUGAGACUCACGAGUCCGAUAUUGGUGGAGAAGAUCAUAUAGACAGCGCCACAGUCCCUCAAGAGGUUUCCGCAGUAACCGCUACGGUGCCAAAUGCUCCAGAAGCCGCCGAUACUGUCGCAGACGUCGACAAUGAAUCACUUGAUGUUGGUUUAAUGAGCACAGAACGAAUGGCCGAACAGCCAACCAGGCCAAGUUUUGAAUUUUCUCAGCCACUACGUGCGCCUGGAUUUCCCCAACACUUUGCCAGGCAGCAAUUAGCAGAUUCCGAUUUCCCUUAUCCAACAGACACGCCACGCCUGUAUCCUAUUCCUUCUCCUGGGCUUCCGAUUCCAUCACCACUGGUCACUAGGUCGAGUAGUGCGCAUGACUACUUUCCAACUGUUGCUUCCAAUGUGCAAACACCAUCCGCUGCAGAUGGAGAAAAUGUGGAGAUGACCGAAAAAGAAAACAUCGUCGUAUCUAAGGUCCAGCCUGAUGUUCCUACGAGCAAAGAGCUCCAACCGCUUGUUACGACUCCUCAGCCGGCCAUUGCAAGGAAUACAUUGGAUUUAACGUCUCAAAAUGCGUCUAUCGAUUUGGAAGCUGAUCGUCAAGGGGACAUGAAGAGUACUUCAACAGCCGACACCAUGCCCAUCGAGUAUAGAGCACCCGCGCAACACCCGGAAGAUGUUGAGAAACAAAUAUCCAAUGCCCCGCUAGUCUCUUUGGAUCAGUCCUAUGCGGGGAAGCCCGCCGAGUUUGCGAACAGCGAUAUUAGGAACGUCGUUGAGGAGGAACUAGAACAAAGUGACAUCAAUCAAGAAAAUGGAGAAAUCCAGGUCGAAGAGAGCAAUGGAACUAGCGAAGAUGAGUUGGAAGAGCAGUCAGAAAUGGAGCUAACAGAAGAGUCAGUUGAAGAGGAGUCAGCCGAGGAGGAAGAUGACGACUUAGUCGAAGAGCAUGGAUAUGGAGAUGUUCAAGAACAACGAAGUCAACGACCACCCGAUGCCUUCGGAGACAAUGACUUUCACCAAGAUGAUACGAGGCGUCAUGAAGACUCCGAGGUCGAGGAAAUUUCAAUUGGUACCAAUAGAGCACUGGAAGACGAUGAUCUGUCUGAUGCCAGAUCCGAGGCCUAUUCAGCUGCAGAACGACAGGCUGCUGAGGAAAGGGGUCAUUUCCAUAAUUUAGAAGAGGAGAGGGGCGAAGACGAACACGAAGGUGACUUUGAAGACGAAGGCACGUUCGAUGAUGAGGGCAUCGAGGGUGGAGAUGGGCGGGCGGAGGUAUUGGGCGAAGAAGAGGAUGAGGAGGAGGAGGAGGAGGAGGAUGACGAGGAGGAAGAGGAGCAGGAUGAGAUUGAAGACGAAGAAGGAUCGGUGCUUAAGGACGAGCAAGAGGCGUACGAGGAUGACUAUGACCGUUUGGAUUCUGAAUCCGAGUCAUAUACAAGUGAAGAUUCCCCAGCUAGGCCCGAGAAAGUUGUUCAUCCGGAGGUCAUCGUCUUGGACAGCGACAGCGAAGACGAGGCUGUUGUCAGUCCUCCGACAAACACUCAUAUGUCAUCGGCCAAAUAUGCUGCUACAGUUGAUGAUGUAGAUUCAUCUGCAACAUCUGCUGGAGAGAAUGAUGGGUAUGACAGAGGCUCCGUCGGUUCGGAAGCAGAAGAAGGGCCCGAAGAUGAGCUGGCUGAAGAUGACCAAACAGGGGAUGACAAAACGGAAGAAGAGUCCACGCAGGACGAAGUAGACGUGCGCGAUAAUGCUGAAGAUGAACUCAUGGAGGAUGCUCCUUCGGAUGAGGAUUUUGUCUCAGAAGAGCCAAUUGAAGUGCAGGCGGAUGCCGAAGAAAAUUCAGCUUCGGCGGAUCCAGUACAAUGCGAAGUUCAGCAGGAAGCUGAUAUUGAAAACGAAUUGAUCUCCGAGACACUUAACGUGCUGCAAGCAACUUCAGGUGCACCGCAAAGCCUAGAGGGUCAGAGCAUGGCCAGUCUUGGUGUCUCUGUCGUGCAAUCUACGCAAGGACCUUACACCGAUUCUGUAUCUGGUCCGCAGCCUCGGGAUUUAGCAAUUGAUCCCGAGUUGUAUCGAUUAGGAGGUACCGGCGAGGAUGAAACGCGCAGGCCGGAGACCGAUGCUCGCGCUGAGUCAGGGCCGGACAAGUCCGGCUUGGAGGAUGAGGGUAUCAGAGAGCCAUUCUUCCAAUGUGCUGUUUCUCCACAACCUGUUGACAGUUCUGCAGAACUUGCAUCUCCAGUCCAGGAGCCUUCAACCCAAGCUCCACAAUUAGUCACUCCAGAUGCUUCACAGUUGGCUACGCCUAGUCGUCGUCUUCCUACCGCCAUUCCAGUCGCUGAAUUUCCUCCGACACCCGAACAGACGCAGGAGGUACCCCAAGGUCUCAGUACCCAGUACGAUGGUCAUACCGAUGCUCCGGAACGAACGUUGCUGCACAUAUCCACCACGUCCGUAGAGACUGAUGUAUCGUCAACAAACGAGUAUAAUGUGCAAAUGAGUUCGGCUCUGGCCGAACAGCAACGGCAGAUGCAGACCGACGGGGUAUCUGUUCAUGAUGAAGAGUAUGCGAUAUCUUCCGUUGCAGACGAAAUCGCAAGUGGAGUCCACGAUUGGGAAGUUUCAGCACUACAUUCGGAAAGACUAUCCUCGGUUGUAAAUCGUGAUCAUCCCGGUUUGCGAAGCAAAUAUUCUUACUUCGCUCCUCUUGCUAUGCUUAUCGACCAUUACAAUUCACUGAUAGAUACGAUCUCUGUUGUGUCCGAUGCUUCUCCAAUCAGCCGAGCCACUACAGGCAAGAAGGAUUUUACAUUGUCACUCCUGGUCACCGACCCAUCGAUGGCAGGCACUAUCGUUCAUGUAGAAAUAUUUCGCCCUUACAAAUCUGCGCUUCCUUCGGUCAAAGAAGGCGACGCCAUAUUACUUCGCAACUUCCAGGUCAAAAGCUUCAAUCGCUCUAUGAUGCUGGUCAGCGUCGACACUAGCGCAUGGGCUGUAUUCCACAACGCCAGCAAAGAAGCGCAAAUUGCCGGCCCUCCGGUCGAACACGGAGAUGAGGAAAGAGCAUACGCUACCGACUUACGGCAAUGGUACCAUGAAGUUGGGGUCGCCAUGGUAGCGGAUUACCAGCUUCAGGCUUCGGUAUUGACCGCUAGCAGAGAGGCAACGCCUGUCAGUAGUGCUGCGCACAGUGACGCAGGUAGCGUUGACUCGGCAUCUCGAGAAGUACGCGGGGAAUCAUCGGUCUCUAACCGGGGCUCGAAACGAAGGAAAUCCCAUCGGAGGAUAACAAUUCACGAAUUAAGGGAUGGAAGAAGGUAUACCGAGGUCGGAUCGCCGUCCGACAAAGAAAGUAUACAUGAACUCAGGGAUGGGACACUAUAUGCGAAUCUCUGA